GGAAGCGGGAGUGGAGGGAGAGAAGGGGGUCGGAUUGAAAACAGAUCAGCAGCCCUGAUGAUCUCAGCACCACCGCGUGUCCUCACAGCAACUGUCCGCCAAACCGUUUCUAAGUUCAUUUUGCUCCUGCUAACUUUUGACCAAAACUCUCGCGGCUGUUGGUGAAAGGAGCAGAAAGCGAGCCGCACAGAGCGCACCUUUUGGUGUUGGGGAGAGGAUGGGUUGUAAAAAAAAGUUGGACGCGACUUCUUCUGUUUCGCUUUGAGCAAAGGCUGCACAUUUUACGUUGUUUUAAAAAAACUUUUCCGAAACUUUGUACAUGGGGUUUGGCGUCACACGCCAAGACGCCAGUUAGCGCCGUGUUCUUCCAGUUGGAUUCCCGGAGGAAUCGGACAGUCAAAAGUUAACGUCAGACAAAAAGAAGAGUGAUAAGCAACAGCUUCGACGUGAAAAGAUACGACGGUGGAGGUUGUCGGUCAUUAAAGGAGCAGCAUGGAGACAUCAGCUCCAGCUGCCACUGAGAAGAAGGAGUGCAAGGGUCCUGGUUUGGAUGGAAGGAGCUUCUCAGAAAUCCCAAAGAAGCCAUCUCCAACCUCCAGAGGUGUGCACCAUAUCUUCCCUACGUUUCACACUCCCAUCCCAGUCGACAUGCGACACCACGAGGGGCGGUACCAUUACGAACCGCACCCCCUGCACACCAUGCAUGGCGGAACAGGACUAACUGGCAGUCCAGUCAUCUCAGACAUCUCCUUGAUUCGUCUAUCACCUCAUGCACCGGCCGGGCCUGGUGAGUCUCCAUUCAGCCCUCCACAUCCCUACGUCAGCCCCCACGUGGAGCAGUACCUACGCUCAGUACAUGGAAGCCCCACGCUCUCCAUGAUCUCUGCAGCACGAGGACUGAGCCCUGCCGAAGUUACCCAUGAACACCUAAAAGACCGGGCCCUAUUCACACUCCCUCCACCACCGCCAGGGGCCAACCCCACAGAAUACUACCAUCUGAUGGCCAGUGCUAGUCAGCGAAACCCAUAUGGUGACCUUUUGAUGCAGAGCGGUGCAGCAGCAGCGGCAGCAGCAGCGGCUGCUCAUCUACCGGAUUACAUCAGUCCAGUGGAUGUUUCACGUUUCUCCAGUCCUCGGAUGACACCCCGACUGAGCAGGAAGAGGGCGCUAUCCAUCUCUCCACUAUCAGAUGCCAGCAUUGACCUACAGACCAUGAUCCGCACCUCACCCAACUCCCUGGUUGCCUACAUCAACAACUCACGCUCUAGUUCGGCUGCCAGCAGCUCUUACGGACACCUCUCUGUCGGAGGAAUCAGUCCUUCAUUCAGCUUCCCUCAUCCCAUUAACCCGGUGGCGUAUCAGCAGUUGUUGUCACAACAGAGGACUCUGAAUGCCUUUGGCCACACUCCCCCUCUUAUUCAACCGCCACCGUCCUCGUUCUCUGCCCGCCAGCAUUCUCUGACCACUCCGCCUAUGUCCGCCUCCCAUAACAGCGGCAACUCAGAAGCCAAUCAGAAUGCAAGCGGAGAUCCAGCGGUGAGCAGCACAGUCAACCCAUUAAACUCCAAAAGGACAAAGGUUAAAAUGGAAGUCGAAGGACCUCUGCCCAUCUCACCAACCUCUCUGGAUCAGAGUGGAGGGAUGUUGGACCUGAGUGAGGAGCUUGAUAAAGAUGAGUGCAAACAGGAACCUGAGGCCAUAUAUGAGACCAACUGCCACUGGGAGGGUUGCACAAAGGAGUAUGAUACCCAAGACCAACUUGUACAUCACAUCAACAAUGACCACAUCCAUGGUGAAAAGAAGGAGUUUGUGUGUCGGUGGGUGGAGUGUUCACGGGAGCAAAAGCCCUUCAAGGCCCAGUAUAUGCUGGUGGUCCACAUGAGGAGGCACACGGGCGAAAAGCCACACAAAUGCACAUUUGAGGGCUGUGUAAAAGCUUACUCCCGCCUCGAGAACCUCAAGACCCACCUGAGGUCCCACACUGGGGAAAAGCCCUACGUGUGUGAGCAUGAAGGCUGCAACAAGGCUUUCUCAAAUGCUUCAGAUCGGGCCAAGCACCAGAAUCGCACACAUUCUAAUGAGAAACCAUAUGUAUGUAAGAUUGCGGGUUGUACCAAGCGCUACACAGACCCCAGCUCUCUCAGAAAGCAUGUUAAGACUGUUCACGGCCCGGAGGCUCAUGUCACCAAGAAGCAGCGAAGCGACGCUCCUCGAGGACUUCAACCGCCCAAAGACAAUGGCGAGAAUGAGUUCCAUUCGAAGAACAGCACAGGAGGUGUGGAUGAGAGGGGCGAUGCCAAAGGCACCACAAGAAACGUGGAAGACUGCCUCCAAGUCAAAUCAAUCAAGACUGAGAAUUCCAUUAUGUAUCAGUCCAGCCCUGGUGGUCACUCAUCAUGUAGCAGUCAGCCAUCACCUCUCAGCAGCACCAACAACAACGACAGUGGGGUAGAGAUGGCCAUGCACAGUGGGGGCAGCUUCGGGGACCUGAGUGCGCAGGAAGAGUGUCCUAUGGUUGACUCGACUGUUCCUGCUAGUGGGCAACAGGCAGGGUUGGGACUUCAGCUGAGGAAAGCGGUGGGUCAUAGUGGCGCAGUUACCAUAAAAAUGGAGACUAUCAAGAAAGAAAGACUGAAGACAGUGAGAGACUCCUGCCCAUGGGUGAAUACAGCACCACAACCCCCACAGGGCCAACGCAACAACACAAAGCUGCCCCCGAUACCUGCAGCUAGUUCCCUUUUGGAAAACUCCACCCUAACAAGUAACCUAAACAGUUUACACAACGGUCAGCGAUUGGGAGAUCAGCCUUUGUGUGAAGUCACUCUGCUGAACCAGCUGAACGAUCGGCGUAAUAGCACAACUAGCACGAUCAGCUCAGCAUACACCAUGAGUCGGCGCUCCUCCGGCAUCUCACCUUGCUACUCCAGCCGACGUUCCAGUGAGGCAUCCCAAUUUGAUGCCAACCGCCAUAACAAUAUCAGCUCGGCGGACUCCUAUGACCCAAUCUCCACUGAUAUGUCCCGACGCUCCAGUGAAGCUAGCCAAUGCGGAGGUGGUAGUGGUGGUGGAGCAGGGGGAGGAAAUCUCCCGAGCCUACUAAGUCUGACUCCAGCUCAGCAUUAUCGUCUCAAAGCAAAAUAUGCCGCUGCCAUUGGUGGAGCGCCACCUACGCCCCUACCCAAUAUGGAGAGAAUGAGCCUUAGGACCCGCAUGGCCCUCUAUAGUGACUCUCAGGAAUAUUCAAUGCACCAGUACCACCAGCCACCCUCUGGAACUGUGCCCAGGCGACGCAGUGAUAUCGGAUAUGGUAACUACAGCAUGAUGCCCCAUGAGGUACCAAACAGUCUUCCACGACGGGCCAGUGACCCAGUGCGUCGUCCCACCUUUGACCCUCUGGCUCUUUCUGCCGUGCAGCGCUAUAACAGUAUGAACAGCAUGAACAAUUCAUCGGAAUGUCCCCAAGGAUUGGCAUUGCAUGGUUACACUCGUUCUGAUGGCAACCUUCAGCGCUACCCAUUUACCCCGAGACCACCAAGCAUUUCAGAGAAUGUAGCUAUGGAGAACAUGGCUGUAGAUGGGAUGGGGACUGGGGCUGAACAGGGUACGGAGGAUGAUAUAGUUCUUCCAGAUGACAUGGUGCAAUACCUGAGGUCACAAAACCCUGGCACCCAAGUUCACAACUUGGGACAAGGGAACUACCAAUUCAAUAACCAGUCUCAGGGCUAUCAAACAUCUUCAUAUUAUUCCCAGAGAAGGGGUCCCUUGGUUGAUGCCUGCAUGAUGCAGUCUGCUCAGGAUUUGGAUCAUUGUGACUCCCAACAGCCUUUCUCAGCAUCAUCCCAUAUGAGUAAGAAUAAUAUGCCAGUUCAGUGGAAUGAGGUGAGUUCAGGGACUGUGGAUACCGUAACGAACCUCUCGAAACAGCAACAUUCUCUUCGAGGGAACCUAGCCGUCGUUCCACAGAGGAACAAUUUUGGUUCCUUCCAAGCCCAAGGCCAAGGCCUUGGCAGCAACCAGCAGGUUGUACCUGCGAGUCAGAAUAUGUUUAAGCAGGGCUAUGCAAACCACAACAGCAGAAGGGUGAACAACCCUCAUCUUCAGCAGAGACAAUGCACCAGUUUGAAAUGUAGUGAUCAAAGUUCCCUACAAGGGUUUAGUCAAGACACAGUUCAAAAUUCUACUUCUGCAAGCAAUAAUGGGAGACCAACUCGGAACAUUGUGAUCGAUCAAGGACUGCAAAGUUAUAGAGGAAGGACACAGGCUGAUGAAUAUUCUCAUGUCAACCAUGUGGUUUAUCAGCAACAGCACCAUAAUAUGUCAUCCCAGCACAGCAAUGUACAUCGUGGUACCAGUGCAAUGUUACCACCAAGACCACCAGUAGAGCCCAAGCCAAGUGGCAGACAGCAUCCCGGUUCCGGUAUGAUGCAAUUGAACAGAAUACCUAAGUUGUCUGAUGCGAGCCCCGGUAUGCGUAACGAUACGUCAGAGGCAAGUCCAAAAAGACCCAAUGGAUCCGCGAACCUACGACACAACUCGGAGAAUUCCAACUCUGCAAUGUUCUACACGGGUGAAGUUCAUUUUUUUGAACAAACUCCUUCCACCUUUGAUGCUACCGUGUCCCCCAAUGUCAACCAUACCCCUGCCAAUAACAACAUGGCGGCAAGCAACAUGGCUUCACCAGGAGUCGACCAGGUCUCCAGCAGUACAGUGGAUUCUUCCACAAGUAGAAAUGGUGCUGCAGAACACACCCAAAUUGAUUUUGACUCCAUGUUAGACGAUGGGGAUCACUCCAGCCUGAUGUCAGGCACUCUGAGUCCUGGCCUUUUGCAAAGCCUCUCCCAGAAUUCAUCUCGUCUCACCACCCCUCGCAAUUCUGUUACACUUGCAUCCGUACCAGCUGGAAUUGGCAACAUGGCCAUUGGUGACAUGAGCUCAAUGCUCACAGCACUGGCUGAAGAAAGUAAGUUCCUCAAUAUGAUUAGUUAGGACCAAAGACAUUCAGCCUCAAUAAUUCACACAUCAGGAACACAUGGACUAGACAAAGCACUGACUGAACAAUGAAUGGGUGGCCAUUUUACGUGUUUUAUUGUCACUGUCUACAGUAUAUCAGUAUGAUAAUGUUGUUAUAAUGUAUUUCUAUCAAGUUGGAUUUGUCAAGAGUCUAGUAGGCAAUGGAAAGGCUUAAUUCAUCCAAACACACAGACACCAGUGGGCUGCGGGCAUCGAUGGAGUACUGGCGUCGAUGGAGUACUGGUGGACCCGGGCAUCCACAGAUGUUUGUUUAUAAAUAUAUAUAAAUGUGUGUGUGUGUGUGUGUGUGUGUGUGUGUGUGUGCGUGCGUGCGCGCGCGUUUCUAUUCGGGUUGGGACUUUAACAAGGGAAAUUCCAAUUAAUUAAUUACAAAUAAAUUAAUGCAUUAAAACAAAUUACGUACUAAUAGCAGUUGGCAUUCCAAACAAUGCAGAAUCUUUGUCAGAAUUUCACGGUACACCCAUUACACAGACACGUUAGAGCUCAUCUCAUAGCUAGCAAAAUAGAGGAAUAGAAUGCGAUGAUUGAUUGGAGACAGGCAAAGGAGUUUGCAUCCCAAUGAAGUAAUUCAACCAUCCGGUUGCAUCGAUAUAGGUAGGUACGACGUGCCUCUUUAAGCUGCGUGCGCCACCAUCAGUGGGGGCAACGUGUCAGCACAUUUAAUGCGUGUGGAAGUCACAAAAACCAAAAUGAAAAGGAUGCCUACACGUUGUGCAGAAUAAUGUUGCACACAAUGCCAUACGAUUUCAACUAAGGAACUGGAUAUAACCUUUCAUAGGUCAUUUUUUUUGGUCUAUUUUUUUAUAUUCUGUAUAAAUAGCACAUGCUGUAACAUUUGCAAAAAACGAACCUUGUAAAAACUGAUGGGAACGUUGCCCCCACCCUCACGGUUACUGCAUAAGCACGGUGCAAAACCGGGCUCUUAAAGCGUGCUGGCGCAUCAGUUUUGUUUGUGGGUUUUUUUUUCUUUUUUUUUCAGAUCUGCGGCCAUGUAGACGCAAAGCAUGUAGCAAUGAGCACAAAACCACCCGAGGUGUUAGCGCUGGCAGUCCUUGUACAUAUUUGAAGCAAAUGAUUCGCUUCAGUAACGUCAACAUCAGACAAACUCACAAAUUCACGCGCAAAAAUGAAUGACUAUAGACCAAGGGGUCACCAACCAUUUUCAACUGUCCUAAAAUGGCACUUAUUUUUUUAGUCUAUUCACUUCUGUCCAGGGAUCUUUUUGUACUUGUUUUUUUUUGUACUGUUAUGUAUUGAACUGAUUUUUAGGACACGUGUUUUAAGAUUGGUUCUUUACAAACCCUGUAAUUAGACGUUUUGAUCGAGUUCCACCCUACACACGUUACACAAAUACAUAGACUGUAUAUAGAGGUGCACUGAAAGCAUUUCACAUUGUCUUGCUAAGGAUAUUGAGUAUGAGCAUGUAAUCACAGUUCCGGCUCAAACAGAUGGUUGAACUGGGUAAAGAACAAUUUUUUUUUGUAUACAGUAUUACUGUAAUGGUACUGCCUUCAAGUUAUGUGAAAAGCUUUUGAAAUUGUAAUGUGUUAUGACUUAUCCAUACAUUUAUCAUGCCACAAAGGUAACCAGUAUGCCCGGCAACCAAUUGACCUCAUGACAUGAGAGGUAUAGAAUCAUGGUCAAGCAUUUGAAACUAACGUCGGGGACCACUAACUUUGCUUUUUAGAUCAUGAUCUGAACUUUUGAGGAUGCCCUUCUGGAUCAGAGGCAUGAACUCUCCAUGGUGUCAAAUCCACAAGGGUAAACGAGUGAAAUGGACAAGGGUAUGCUUUGGUCUAUCAAGGAAUUUGGACCCCUGUGUGUGAUGAAGAAAAUUCUCUAAAAGAAUAUACGAGUACCUCUGUGUGUUCCUAAUGGGAUCCAACUCUAAUUAACACAUUCAUAACAUCACCCCCACCAGCUUUUUUGCUCCAAUCCAUUCUUCCCCUGGGCUAUGGAUGAACUGCAGAAUGGCAAAUUCAGGAAGGGACAGACUUUGAUAUUCAGAAUCCCGUUGUUGGCAUACUCGCUCGGCAAAAUCCCAAGUUUUGUAUUUGUUCCCUUUAUUUCUAUGUAGCUUUCAAAAGUGUUUGUGUAUGUACUACCGCAGUACAUACUUUUACAAGUUUGUUUGGCUUUGUGUGACAGUGUAUAUAGCCUUUGUACAUUUCAAAUAAACUAUGACCUUUUCUCUGUG